AUGCACCCCAUCCCAUCCCCACCCCUGCCCCUCGCAACCGUAAUAACCUCCCUCCUCCCCUACAAAUAGCCUCCCAACCAAGGCCAGCACAGCACAGCACACCACAGCACGGCACAGAGCAAUAGCCAUAGCCAGCAGCAAUGGAGAUAGAGUCAGUCAAGUGUGAGUGCUGUGGCCUGAGGGAGGACUGCACCCAGGACUACAUUGCGAGCGUGAGAGGCAGCUUCUACGGCCAGUGGCUGUGCGGGCUGUGCUGCGAGGCCGUCAGGGACGAGGCCGGCAGGAAGAAGCAGGCGCACCCGGGCGUGGAGGAGGCCGUGCGGGCGCACAUGGCCUUCUGCAAGAUGUUCAAGUCCAACCCCGCCGUCCGGGUGGCCGACGGCAUGCGCCAGAUGCUCCGGCGGCGGUCCGGCGACUUGUCCAAGCCGCCGGGCUCCUCCUCCUCCUCCAGCAAGUACGGCACUGCGCAGGUCGGAGAUGAUUCAUCCGUGUCGCUAUAUUGAGGAACACACCAUUCUAUGGCUUGUAGACCGUCUAGUGCUUUUCUCAGGCUUGAAUCUCCUGUUUCUUUUGUCAUUUUUGGCAUAUAUUCUUAUGAUGGCAAGAAUUUGGAAUGUACAGAAUUCUUCAAAAUGGAUGCUAAUAGUGCUUGGCUUUGAAAUGAGACUGUGUUCUUUUUGUUCGUUUUAAGAACGAA